AUGACUGAUAAGCGGGCAAUAGAUCCAACAGAGAUCUCUUGGUCUGAUGAGCUGGGCGACACACCGUUUUUUCACGCGACAUAUCUAGAUCCCGAUGAAAGUUCAAAUAAAGUUAUUGCGAGUCAGUCUAACAGAAGACCUAUUGGAUGGAUCUUGGAACAACUCACGGGUCGGGUCGAGGUGGAAUUUCUCAUCGUUUACUCCCCAGAUGAAUCUAUUUCUCGGGCCUUUGACCCUGAGUUUCUCAAACAAAUUGCUCCUGAGACAUUCUCGAUGAUUCUCGACGACGACGAGGAGAACUUGUGA